GCGGGUGCCGCGUGGCGAAUGCAAGAAGGGCUGGGCUGUCUGUUGUGUGUGUACCCGAAUAUCCACGCUGUGGGUAGCGGGACUUGGGGCUUCGGGGAUGGAACUCCUGGAAUGAAGGCUUAGGGGCUGGGGCUUCUGGGAAAUAAGCUGGAGACUUGGAUGUUGAGGUUCUCUGCUGCCCUACAGAGCCGGCGUCAGCUGUGAAAGUUGUGGGUCGUGGACCUCCAGACAUGAGCGUAGGCUUCAUCGGGGCAGGGCAGCUAGCCUUUGCUCUAGCCAAGGGCUUCACAGCUGCAGGUGUUCUGGCUGCACACAAGAUAAUGGCCAGCUCCCCAGACAUGGACCAAGCUACGGUCUCGGCCCUCCGGAAGAUAGGGGUGAACCUGACACCCCACAACAAAGAGACUGUGCGCCACAGUGAUGUGCUCUUCCUGGCUGUGAAGCCACACAUCAUCCCCUUCAUCCUGGAUGAAAUUGGGGCGAACAUUGAGGACAGGCACAUUGUGGUGUCUUGUGCGGCAGGGGUCACCAUCAACUCCAUCGAAAAGAAGCUGACAGCGUUCCAACCUGCCCCCAAAGUCAUCCGAUGUAUGACUAACACCCCGGUCGUGGUACGGGAGGGGGUCACUGUGUAUGCCACAGGUACUCACGCUCAGGUGGAAGAUGGCAGGCUUGUGGAGCAGCUCAUGGGCAGCGUGGGCUUCUGCACAGAGGUGGAGGAAGAUCUGAUCGAUGCUGUCACAGGGCUCAGUGGCAGCGGCCCUGCCUAUGCUUUCACAGCCCUGGAUGCUCUGGCUGACGGUGGUGUGAAAAUGGGGCUUCCCAGACGCCUGGCAGUCCGCCUCGGGGCCCAGGCCCUCCUGGGGGCAGCCAAGAUGCUACUAGACUCAGAACAGCAUCCCAGCCAGCUCAAGGAUAAUGUCUGCUCUCCGGGUGGGGCCACCAUCCAUGCCUUGCAUGUGCUGGAGAGCGGGGGCUUUCGCUCCUUGCUUAUCAACGCUGUGGAAGCCUCCUGCAUCCGUACACGGGAGCUGCAGACCAUGGCUGACCAGGAGACCAUCUCUCCUGCUGCCAUAAAGAAGACUGUACUGGAUAAGGUGAAGCUGGACUCCUCUGCUGGGGCCUCUCUGUCUUCUGACCAUGUCAAGCCACUGCCCUGAAACCUGGUCCCAGCAGGCAAGGAAUGAUUUGUCUGCCAGCCUUCCUCCUGUUCCCUACUUUCCUUUCCUUUCCUCUCCUCUCCUCUCCUCUCCUCUCCUCUCCUCUCCUCUCCAGCAGGGUUUUGCAGUGUACUCCAGGUUAGCUCUGAACUAGUCAUCCCCCACUCUUGUGUCCCAAGUGCUGGGAUCAUGGAUAAGUGUUAACAUGCCAGGAUCCUCUUCUAUCUUUAAGUCUAAGAUAGUGACUUGAUGUUGCCCAGACAAGACUUGAACUUACAGGCUCAGGGCAUACUCUGAUUUCAAUUCCCGUUAGGUACACAACACCUGAGAGACUCAGUUCUUCUCUUUCUUCUUUUCUUGCUUGAAGCUUCUGUCCCAACGCUCUCAAACAACACCGAAUAUCCCCAUAGCAGGCCCUUGCCCACAGCCAGGUCAGCAAGGAAGGGGAUAUCACUUACAACUGGGGACCUCCAUUGAUACUCAAGUGCCAGCUAGACACUAGGUGGCUUCUCAGACCUCCCCCUCUUCAGCAUCCUCUGGAGCUCAGGCCUGUGGGGUCUUUACUCUCCCUAGUUUCAGGGUCAGCUAGCUAGUUAGCCAUGGCCUCUCCCUUUCUGUGAUGACCAGCUGGCCCAAGACAUCGUGUACCUCCUUCUAGGGACUUAACGCUUUAGCAAUGAUUCCCUAGGCACUGGGGAAAAGAACUUCUCGGGUAGCUGACACGACUCCUGCAUCUUCCCCAACUCACCAAACUGCUACUGCUCUUCCUAUCCUUUCAGUUGAAUAAAAAAAGAAAAAAAAAUCCCCCAGAGCUCCAGUCAACCUAUUUGUCAGCUAUGGAGAGAGGCCUGCCUGUACAGGGGGAGUAUGACACCGAAGGAGAAGCCAGGAACACGGGUCCUAUAAAGCCGGCUGCAGCCAGGCUGAGGUGCUCCAGAGAACAGAGGGCUACAGAUCCUCCGUGCCUGUGCCAUAGCUGACCUGCCUGAAGACUGGCACUGUACACAGGCCCUGGCACACAUAUGUAGUGAGGGGCACCAACCUCUUUAGUACCUGUCCAUAUAGCUUGCCCAGGGAGAUGUUUAGCUGGCUGACUCAGGCUGUGCAGGCCAAGUUCCUGGUGAGGAGGAAACCUUUAGAGGAACUGUUGGAGUUUCCUAGAUGGGCAGAUUCAAGAGCCAUGACACAGGGGAAAUCCUGUCUGGAAAAAGAAAGAAA